CAGAACGAGAGUCCCAUUGGCUUCACCGGUAGAGAAAGGGUGGGAUGGUGCAGUCGCUCUUCUCGUUCAUUGGUUCCGUGAUUCCAUGGGGUGGGAUUUGGCUGGGCCUAAACUCUCCGCGGUCCCGAACCGGUUUCAGAGCUAAGCUGCCAUGCCUUCCGGGGGCCGCGGGCGGCCCCGGCUACGGCUCGGGGAACGUGGCCUCUUGGAGCCACCCUCACCGCCCAAGCGCCGCCUGCUACCGCGGGUGCAUUUCUUGCCCCUGCUUCUGCUGUCCCUGGCCGUGGCCUCGGCGUUCUACACCAUCUGGAGCGGCUGGCACCGCCAGACUGAGGAGCUGCCACGGGGACGGGAGCUGCGGGGCCGGUUGAUCGGUAGCCUCUCCGAAGCCCGGCUGCGGAGGGUGGUGGGGCAACUAGACCCAGGCCGGCUCUGGAACACUUACCUGCGCCCCCUGCUGGUUGUGCGGACCCCGGGCAGCCCGGGCAACCUCCAAGUCAGAAAGUUCCUGGAGACUACCCUGCGGACCCUGACGGCGGGCUGGCAUGUGGAACUGGACCCCUUCACGGCCUCAACACCCCUGGGGCCGCUGGACUUUGGCAACGUGGUGGCCACACUGGACCCAGGGGCUGCCCUUCACCUCACCCUUGCCUGCCAUUAUGACUCCAAGCUCUUCCCAUCUGGGUCAGCUCCCUUUGUGGGGGCCACAGACUCGGCCGUGCCUUGCGCUCUGCUGCUGGAGCUGGCCCAGGCCCUGGACCAGGAGCUGAGCAGAGCCAAGGAGCAGGAAGCCCCGGUGACUCUGCAGCUGCUCUUCUUGGACGGCGAAGAGGCACUGAAGGAGUGGGGGCCCAAGGACUCCCUUUAUGGCUCCCGGCACCUGGCCCAGCUCAUGGAGUCUGCACCCCACAGCCCGGGCCCCACCAGGAUCCAAGCUAUCGAGCUCUUCGUGCUUCUGGAUCUCCUGGGCGCCCCAAACCCAAACUUCUACAGUCACUUCCCUCACACGGCCCGCUGGUUCCAUCGGCUGAGGAGCAUCGAGAAGCGUCUGCACCGCUUGAACCUGCUGCAGGCUCAUCCCCAGGAGGUGAUGUACUUCCAGCCCGGGGAGCCCCCUGGCUCUGUGGAAGAUGACCACAUCCCCUUCCUCCGCAGAGGCGUCCCGGUGCUCCACCUCAUCUCCAUGCCCUUCCCCUCCGUCUGGCACACGCCUGGCGACUCGGAGGCCAACCUGCACCCCCCCACGGUGCACAACCUCAGCCGCAUCCUCGCUGUGUUCCUGGCCGAGUAUCUGGGGCUCUAGCCUCCCUGGCUGACUCUGAGCGCGGAGCCGCCAGCUGGGACGUCCCGGGGGUGUCUGGAGCCAACGGAGCUUGGGCCAGGCUGUCCGAUCCUUUCUUCGGCUCUAUUUGUGCUAUGACUGGAAGACCCUCUCUCCUUUGAGGGUCUCAAGCUACCGCUCUUCAAAGACUUGGAAGAGGCGAGGCCACUGUGGGGGGUGGAGCCAAACGCCUAAGAGCUCGGACCCUGUCCUGAAGGAAGCACUUGGUUUGAAGGCUCCCAGGGGCCAAUUGCUGUUCAGUCGGAGUCAGCAGACCUUGGCGGGGCCUCAGGACCAGCACCACCGCCCCAUCAAGUGAAUUCUCCGUGGCUUAUGUUUUCAGGAUGUCCGUGGAUCGCCACGUGGGGCCCACAGGGAAUGGGCUUGUGAACAGGAAUGAGGAGAUGGAAGCUGAUAUUUGGGAGCUCGAGUCAGCCAGACCCGAGGGCAAUAAACCAGUGUUUCUGUGAAACAUACUCUGCAGA